AUGCGAAAUCCUUCUGAAAUUUUAGGUAUAUACGAUUAUGCGACAAUUGCUUACGAUGAUUUACGCACGGGUCCGUCUUCUUCAGCAUCAAAUUACUGUCGGCAGCAGCAACUGCAGCAAUCGCAGCAACAGUACUAUUUCGACCGCAUUCCGCCCGUAACUUUUUUACCUGGCUGUGGCUGCGUGCCCGCAAUAUCACCUCAUUUCAGGCCACCACCCAAUUUCCCUCCACCACCCCCGCCACCGGCUUCCGCGCUUACCGGCAAUUCGUCAACACAGAUCUCAGCAACCGCUACAACUGCACGUCUGUCGGAGGAUUCAGCGUACAGUGAAAGCUCGGCUUCGCCGCUGCAUUACCACGGAGAAGUGAUGUUAGCGGACACCAGUCAGUCCGGCAUGUUACUUCGCAUGGAUUUGUCAAGAAAUCCGCCUGUUUUUGUACAAGGCAUAUAA